GUUGUGAUAAACUUAUUAAAUAGAUAUGUCAAUAAAUAGUCCUCGCUUUGAAAUGAAUCCAGGAUCCUUAGCAGGGCUAAGUGUUGCGCUGGCUGGUGGAAGAAUGAUUCGCAUCGAGAUGCAAGACUUCAAAAGUUUCAAAGGGCACCAUGAAAUACCUUUCACAGAUUUCACUGCAAUAAUUGGGCCAAAUGGCUCAGGAAAAAGCAAUUUGAUGGAUGCCAUCAGUUUUGUAUUGGGAGAGAAGAGUAACAUGUUGCGUGUGAAGAAGAUAUCGGACCUGAUACAUGGUUCGCCUGUUGGCAAGCCAGUCCCCUCGAACCGUUGCCAUGUCACCUUGACUUUCGAAGAGAGGAAUGGAAAUAUACUGGAGUUUUCCCGAAUUGUCAUGGGAUCAUCGUCUGAUUAUCGCAUAAAUAAAAGGAGCUGCAGUCAGCAAGACUACCAAAAGGAGUUAGAGCGAAUCGGCAUCUUUAUUAAAGCAAGAAACUUUUUGGUCUUUCAAGGACAGGUCGAAAACAUUGCAAUGAAGAACCCCAAAGAAAGAACUGCACUGUUUGAGGAAAUCUCCAAAUCAGGAGAGUUGGUGAGUGAGUAUGAUUCGAAGAAACAGGAAGCUCAUCGAGCUGAAGAGGAGACAAAUGCUGUUUUCCAGAAAAAGAAAGAAGUCAAAAAGGUCAGGAAGGAAGCUCGACAGGAGAAGGAGGAGGCGGAUAAAUAUGCCAGACUUCAAGUAGAACUAGCAGAUGCUCAAAUAGAGAUGACUCUGUUCAAACUGUACCACGCGCAGAAGGAGAUAGAAGAGUUGGCUAAAGAAAUGGAGGCUAAAAAUAAAGAGCUAGAGAAAGUGAUGAGCAAACGAGACAAAACAGAUGAAGAUGUGAAGGCGGGUAAGAAAGAAGUGGGCAAAUUGUACCGAGAGGUGCAACAGCUGGAGAAAGACAUGCGAGAAAAGGAGGAGGAGCUGAAUAGGAAGAAGCCACUGUUCAUCAAGGCCAAAGAGAAGACAGCCCAUCUGAUGAAGAAGUUGGAGAACACGAAGAAGAGUCUGAAGAACGCCCAGGACCAACAUGUUAAACAUCAGAAGGAAAUAGAGCAACUGGAAGAAGAAUUGAGCAGAGUGGAAGAAGAGCGUCAGGAGUUUGAGGAGAGAGCGAUCGCUGAGAGUCAGAGUCAGGGCAGGAACUUCGAGUUAGAGGAGACACAAGUGAAAGAGUACAACAAACUGAAGGACCACGUGGCCAAACAGGCUGCUAGAUACAGCAGUGAGUUGGAUCAGCUCAAUAGAGAGCAGAGGGCAGAUCAAGACAGACUGGAUGCAGAGAAAAGGCGUUUUGAGGAGGCUAAGAGUAGGCUGAGCCAAAAGCAGACAGAGUUAGGGGAGAACGAGAGACGGGUGGAGAGACUACAACAGUACAUCUCCAAUGCCGAGAAAGAGGUGGCAGAACAGAGGGAGCAAUUGAAACAGUUAGACCAAGAGGUGAAUGCGACGAAUGAGCGAGUGGGUGAAAUCAAUCGGGAAUUGGAAAAAGUGAUGGGUGAGUUGGGGGAGGCUAAGAUAGAGAAGCAUGAGUCAUCGAGAAGUAGAAGGAAAAAUGAAGUGAUUCAGACUCUCAAGAGACUGUUCCCAGGAGUGUUCAACCGACUUAUCGAUCUGUGCCAACCUACAAAUGACAAAUACAAAAUCGCAAUCACCAAGGUUAUGGGCAGAAAUAUGGAUUCGAUUGUUGUCGACAAUGAAGCAACCGGCAGAGAGUGCAUCAAGUACCUGAAGGAACAACAGUUCGAACCAGAGACAUUCAUUCCUCUGGACUCCAUCCGGACUAAGCCUCUGGACGAGAAACUACGCGAGAUCCGAGAACCUUUUGGAGUCAAACUCGUGUUUGAUGUUGUAAGAUUUGAUCCGCCGCCGGUCAAAAAGGCUCUUCUUUUUGCCUGUGGAAACGCACUGGUGUGUGAAAGCGUAGAAGAUGCUAGACGAGUUGCAUUUAGCGGUCGCCAGCGCUUAAAGACAGUGGCAUUGAACGGAACCAUGUUCGAAAAGUCGGGAAUCAUUUCGGGAGGUCUUGGCGAUCUGAAAGCCAAAGCAAAGCGCUGGGAUGAAAAAGCGCUGACGGGUCUCAAAAACAGAAAAGACGAAUUGUUGGAAGAAUUAAAGGAAAUGCAGAAAUCAAAAGAUGUGAAGCGAAAAGAAUCCGAUUUAGUUGGAAUCAAAUCGAGUAUCGAUGGACUCGAAAACCGAAUUAAGUACUCAAAGAAUGAUUAUGAAAGUACGAAGCAGAAGCAUAUAAAAGCUAACGAGAAAGAUAUAACUACUCUCAAAAAUGAUUUGGAACUUUUUGAACCGAGGAUGCUUGAAAUUCAGGACAGAAUGGACGCCAGAGCGACUCACAUAGUGACAAUAAAAGAAAAGAAGAACAAAGUAGAAGAUGAGAUUUUUGCGGAUUUUUGUGCCGCCAUUGGAGUAGACAAUAUCAGACAAUACGAAGAGAAAGAACUGAAGACACAGCAAGAUCGAGCGAAAAAGAGGCUCGAGUUUGAGAAUCAAAAGUCAAGAUUGCAGAAUCAACUCGCGUAUGAAAGGUCUAAAGACAGCGAGGCGAGUGUGAAGCGAAUGGAAUCUAGCGUGAAGGAGGACCAGGCCAUGUUGAAGCGGCUGAAAGAGGAAGAGGCCAAGCACAGCGUGGCCAUAGACAGGGACCAAGAUGCACUCAACACUGCUCACCACCAGAUAGACGAGGCCAGAAAUGCACACGAGAAGAAAAACAAAGAGAUUGAGGAUCUGAAGCGACGUCUGAGCAACCAGUGCAAGGAGGUCAAUGGAGUCCAGAAGGAACUGGGAGUGCUCGAGUCUCGCAUGGACCAGAAGAGGUCAGACAGACACUCCCUGCUGGAGACUGCAAGACUAGACGCAAUUCAUAUUCCUCUAAUAUCUGGGAGCUUUGACGCACUUGAUGAACAAAUUCGACAAUCUCAGGCUGCCGAAGAGCCAAUGGACACUGGCGACAACACCGUGCCACCCGGAAUGCGAGGACGAUCCACAGCACUGUAUGCACAGGAGUCGGAACUAGAAAUAGACUACGAACGACUUACUAGAGAUCUGAAAUCAUCAGUAUCUUCAGAAGAUAAAUUCAACAAAGCCUGUGAAAAGUUGCAGAACAACUUAGACAACCUGAAUUCCCAAUUGGUCACACUCCAACCGAACACAAAAGCCUCAGAGCGAAUGGAGGAAGUCACAGAAAAAUGGAACGAAACUUCAGAAGAGUUCGAGAAUCUGCGAAAGAUGGCGAGAAAAGCGCAAAUUACAUUCGAGAAAAUUCAGAAAGAGCGAUACGAUAAAUUCGACAAGUGUUUCAGGCAUGUCGCGGACAAUAUUGACGAAGUUUACAAGGGUUUGUGUCAGAAUUCAAGUGCACAGGCUUACUUAGGUGCUGAAAAUUCAGAGGAACCGUAUUUGGACGGUAUAACAUUCAACUGCGUAGCGCCUGGGAAAAGGUAUAGACCUAUGGAUAAUUUAUCCGGAGGAGAGAAAACCAUAGCGGCACUGGCUUUGCUUUUCUCGAUCCAAAGUUACCAACCAGCCCCAUUUUUUGUGCUUGACGAAGUCGACGCAGCUUUGGACAAUACAAACAUAGGAAAAGUUGUGCAAUACAUAAAAACUCAAAGUAAAAGCAAGUUCCAGUGUAUUGUGAUUUCACUGAAAGAUGAGUUCUUCAGUAACGCGGAAACGUUAAUUGGAGUUUACUCGACCAUUGGUGAAACUGGACCUAUGAGUCAAGUUCUGACUUUGGACUUGAACCAGUAUGAUGAGUGAUGAAACGAAACUGUUUUAACUGUUAUAUUAAAGAGUAAUGAACGCAGUGAAGACUUAUAUAGGUCUUGCUCAUUUUUUUUUCAGGAAACUUUUAAAGUCUUAUAACUACA